AUAAGACUUGGAUCAAAAUUACAUUGGCAAAGCUGCCCAACAGUAGCGUAACAAAAUGACGCGCGGAAAUCAACGUGACCUGGCACGAGCCAAAAAUCAAAAGAAGCAAGCCGAACAGACCAAAGGCAAAAGAACUGAUGGAAUGACAGUGGAACAACGUAAAGCCAGGGAAUUCCUUUCCAUGCGAGAAAAACAGAAAAAAAAGGAUGAGGAGGCUGCUGCUGCGGGCAAGAGCAAAUAGAAAAGAUAACAUUAACAGAGUCAGCUAGAGAGUCGCAUACAGUCAUACAGCCAUGUUGUCGUCGGUCGUAGCUCACAAGCAAAUCUCCAUUCGGCAUAGAGAAACAAUAGCAAGUGCUUAAGCAGAAUAAAAGUCGCAAUCUGGAAGUAAAUAUCAAUGGCAAUUUCCGUCCGUUAAUUUCCUCCUGGAUAUUUAAUAUGAGUGAAUCAAUUACUCAAUGCAAGAAAUAUGAAAUCAGUAGCUAAUAGCUAAUAAGCUGUCAAAUAGUAACACCCAACCGUACAUCAUAAAAGGCAGAAGCUGACAGAAAGUGCUAAUUUUUAAUGUUAUGUAUCAUAGCUGACUCAUCAUAAUUUUUCUCUAUAUACCUGACUAAAUUAUUUACUGUAAUAUAUAAAAAUUUUCAAAUAAAACAUAAUAUACAGCCAAA